AUUCGGAUGGCAGGUCCUGAGAGGAUUGCAGUACCUGCACAAUGGCAAGAAAAUUCAUCGAGAUGUCAAGGCCGGCAACAUUCUUUUAACGACGGCGUUUCAAGCCAAGCUGGCAGACUUCGGUAUCUCUUGCCAGCUGCAGAACACCUGGGCCCGGCGGAACACCAAGAUCGGCUCGCCCUACUGGAUGGCACCAGAGGUGAUCAAGGGUGAGGCGUACAAUGCCAAGGCGGACAUUUGGUCCCUGGGCAUUACUUGCAUCGAGAUGGCGGAUGGACAACCGCCUUACUUUCACAUCCCUCCCACAAGGGCCAUGUUUGUGAUCAGCACGAAGCCUCCCACAGGGCUUCCAGAGAGCUCCAACUGCUCCAAUUCUUCCAAGGACUUUGUUGACUUUGUGUCUGCAUGCCUCACAGUGGACAGCACGAAACGGCCACCUGCGCAGGUGCUUUUGCAAGAUCCAUUCACUCAACCUGAAGCAGAACAAAAAGACCCCUCCAAGGCCCUAGCUGGCCUCCUCGGCCCGCGCUUGGCCGAAGCGCCAGGUGGAAAUGGCCGCUCUCCAACCACCACUCGAGAGGGAGGCGCACGGAAGGAUUCCUGGCAAAGAAGGCCUCCGGUUACAGUCGAGUGGUGCUGGAUUGACUAGUGUUGGUUGACCUCGCAGAAUUGGUGGGACUUAAGAGGUGUGACUCAAGCGCCCUUCGUGUGGCAGCCCUGCCGGGUUUGCUCUUCAUGAACUGGAUGCGCUCAUGCAUGUGCCAUGCUUGCUAUGUUUGCGAUGCUAGCUGCAUACUCACACAUAUAGUGCAACUGCUGAGAUUGAAGCAAUCAACGUGGGACACAUGGCAUUCGCUGCUUUUGGGUCUUUAUGGCCCAGAAACGGUUUGCGAAGUCACAAAUUGAGAUCAAACCCCGUCCAUGAGUCGAAGAAGCAGACGAUGCAGAGCCCCUGACUGGUAACUCAUGUAUGUCGCGUUGUGCCAUGUAGAUUCCAUCGCUCAGGUCAAUGAGCGCCAGCUCGUUGCCCAGAAAUCCAAGCACCAGUAGCCAGUCGGUGAAUCUCUUGACGCCGUCCUUGGCCGCAGUAACGCCUACCGUUGAUGCUUUUGCGAUGGCCGCUCCUUCAUCACCGUCGUCCUACCGGAGAUGGGAGCAAGGCUAUAGCUCACAGAACCUGCCAAAUGCACCAGCUGUGAAGCCGACAGAAGCGGAGGACGAGGCGACGAGCAACGAGGACAUUCGACGGCGUGCGAGAGAGUGGGUGAAUAGCAUCGUCCCGGUGAUGGAAGAUGAGGGAGACCACACACCUGCGAGCUACCGGGAGCCCUCUGAAUCGUUGAUUUUGUCAUCGAAGUCUCGGGGCAAGGGAAACUACGAGGUGUGGGAUUCUGAUGAGGAGGGAGUGACCACCCGGCUGCGUAUGGAAGCGCAACCUGAAGCUGGUGCUGGGGGGCCGGUGGCAGCGACGCCAUAUUUCAUGCAGGUGCUGGGGAAGCAGUGGGCUUGAGCCGUGCCGCGGCUCAUGCCACGCGGAUGGGACAGUCUUUGAAGGCUUAGGUUUGCCAUGCAAACUUGCAUUUGCACCCAUUCACCCAAUGGAACAACAACGGCUAAGCAUUCAACCACCCAAUUUGGUCAGCGUUCUUCUUCAUUUGAAGGGGUGGAGGGCUACAUGACUGUUUUGA